CUUCCGGUGCAGCACUGUGACGUCAUUCCUCCGCGACUGCGCUGUAGUUCUAAACUUUCAAAAUGACAGCGCUCUACGGGGACUACCGUACCCAGAGAGCACCGCGGCUCACAGACCGUCAACACACGGAGACUGAAGGACGAAACAUGGUGAUCGUGUUUGUGCGCUUUGACCUGGGCCCUGCCGUGGCGGUGGAGCUGCAGGAGGAGGCGAGCGUGGCCGAGCUGAAGGACGCAGUGGCGAGCCGUCACGGUGUCCAUCCAGACACGCUGCGGGUUCUGUUCGCUGGGAGAGAGCUGAGGUCGGAGGUCACACUGCAGGGUUGUGACCUCCCUGACCAGAGCACCAUCCAUGUCAUCCGUCCUUCUUCAGCCUCCUCCUCCUCCUCUCAGCAGCUCCCCCUGCAGGAGUCGAAGAGUCUGACCAGAGUGGACCUCAGCUUCUCCCGCCUCCCCUCCACAAGAGAGGAAGAGACAAGGGAGGAGGAGACAGCAGAGGAGACACAGGCUGGAGGUCAUAAAGGUCAUUGUGUGCAUACAUGCAGUACUUUCUUUGUGUACUGUAAGACAUGCGGAUCAGUGGAACCAGGAAAACUGAGAGUUCGGUGCAGUAAAUGUAAAGAGACGACGAUCACACUAAGCAGAGAUCCAUCCUGCUGGGACGACGUCCUCCUCCCUGGUCGUAUCCAUGGCAUGUGUCAAUCAGACGGUUGUGAUGGCAACGAAGCUGAGUUCUUCAUGAAGUGUGCGUCUCAUCCAACCUCAGACGAUGAACCCUCUGUGGCCCUUGACCUCAUCAUGACUAACACCAGAGACGUGCCCUGCAUCGCUUGCACUGACAUCAUGGACGUGGUCCUGGUCUUCCAGUGUCCCGAGCGUCAUGUGAUCUGUCUCGACUGUUUCCGACGUUACUGUGAAACUCGACUGAACGAGCGACAAUUUGUUCAUCACCGUGACAUCGGAUACUCUCUGCCCUGCACUGCUGGCUGCUCGGACUCUCUCAUUAAAGAAAUUCAUCACUUUAGAGUUUUGGGCAACGAACAGUAUGGGCGGUACCUACAGUACGGCGCUGAGGAGUGCCUGCUGACGAUUGGAGGGCUGAUGUGUCCAUCACCUGGCUGUGGGGCGGGGCUUGUGCCUGCUGAUGACAGCAGGAGGGUGGAGUGUGACCAACGUGCUGGCUGCGGCUUCGUAUUCUGCAGAGACUGCAGGGGGGCCUACCACCAGGGGGCGUGUCAGACACAAACUGCCCAGCCCACGGACGACGCCUCGCAGGGCUUUGUGGUGGACGAGGAGGCGUGUCUUCGGGGGAGGUGGGACCGAGAGUCGCUGCUCUUCAUCCGGGAGUCGACCAAACGCUGCCCUCAGUGUUCAGUCCCUGUGGAGCGCAACGGCGGCUGCAUGCACAUGCAGUGUUCUCUGUGCAGAGCUGAGUGGUGCUGGAUCUGUGGAGUCGCCUGGAACACUGAGUGUCUUGGACAACACUGGUUUGGAUAGUGACACUGAGGACAGACAGAGACACUGAAGACACUAGUUCUCUGUGGAUAAGACCUGUGUGCACAUAUAUUUAUAUAUAUCCUAGCUCUGCUGCAAAGGAUCAUGGGAAAAUUGUGUUGUUUAAUUGAACUGCUCAUGUUGUUUUUACUUUAUAGAAGAAUCAGGGAUUAAAAGUGAUCAUAUUGAUUGUAGAA